GGGGUAAACAAACCUAUAAAUACUCCUAAUCUUAAACAUUUUUUCAUAUCUCUUCUCCAAUUCUUCCUAAAUCCUAUUCUUAACUCUCUACUCUCUAAUUCUCUUAUUCUCCAAUAUAUUAUAUUUAUUAUUUAUAGUUUAUAUUAAUUAUCUACUUAUAUAAACUAUAAAUAGAUAUAAAUAGUAUUAUAUUACUUAUAUUUGUUAUCUAAUUAUAUAUUACUUAUAUAUUUAUUAUAUCUAUUAAUAUAGUUGGAAUUAUAUCUAAUUAAUUUGAAGUCAUUCUAUUACUCCCAUCCGAAAGUCCGAAAGAGGUACGAAAUUAUUCUAUUAUUUACACUUGUUUAAUUACUAGUUAAUUUGCUACAUUUGACUCUUGUUUAAUAGUUAGAUAAAUAGUUAAUUAGUUUUUUACAAUGUUUUAUUAAUUGCUACAUUUGACUCUAGUUUAAAAAAUAUGUUGUACACAAAACUAGUUAAUUCACUACUUAAUUUGCUAUAACUCGAAUUAAUAGUUAGAUAAAUAGUUAAUUAGUUUUUUACAAUUUUUCAUUAAUUGCUACAUUUGACUCUAGUUUAAAAAAUAUGUUGUACACAAAACUAGUUAAUUCACUACUUAAUUUGUUAUAACUCGAAUUAAUAGUUAGAUAAAUAGUUAAUUAGUUUUUUACAAUUUUUUAUUAAUUGCUACAUUUGACUCUAGUUUAAAAAAUAUGUUGUACACAAAACUAGUUAAUUCACUACUUAAUUUGCUAUAACUCGAAUUAAUAGUUAGAUAAAUAGUUAAUUAGUUUUUUACAAUUUUUUAUUAAUCGCUACAUUUUUUAGAUAGAUCGUCCUAGAUAUUCGGUUGAUAUGGGUAACCUCGAGCGCAACCGAACGAAAGAGCUUGCGAGGAAGAGAUCCCGCAAAGGUAAAUCACAUAUCGGCUCUUCAUUUCAAAGUCAAGAUGAUUUUGAUACGGGUUACGUAAGGAGGGAUGGGGAUGCGAUGACCGACGAACAACUAGAACAAGAAUUGCACCGACAUAAUUCCCGCUUUUUUCAAGACCAACCGAGGACCAUUGACGAAGAAGAGCUCGAGGACGAGGACGACGAUGUGGAGGAAGCAAUUCCGGAGAGCCACGACGACGAGGAGGAGGGUGUCGGCAGCCAUGACGCCGACCAAGCAGCCUCAUCCCAAACAGGUACAAAAAAAAGUAAAUCUGAAUUAAUGGCUAAUAAUUUUUCUAAGUGGAAGGACCCGAACACCGGGAGUUGGACCGCAACUUGCAAUUGGUGCAAGAAAAACUAUAGCUUGGGGAUUUCCGGCGGAUACGGAUCCGCCACAAGACAACUUAAGUCCAAACACCCGGUGGAGUAUGCAAAAGUAGGCGGCAGAACGGGGAAACAAACGCAAAUAUCGAGGUUUGCAAAUAACUAACAAGCUUUUGGUAAUUUCUCAUACAAUGAUGCACAAAAUUUGACAGGUAUGGCUAACUUACUUGUUGAAGAAAAUUUGCCUUAUUUGUUUUCUGAAAGUCUUGCUUUUCGUGAUUAUGCACAAACUUGUUUAAAUCCGCAAUAUAGAGGUUAUAGUCGCAAAACGGUUAAGAAAGAAAUUUCAAGGCUUUAUGAUGCGGAAAAGGUAAGGUUACAAAAUUAUUUUGCAAACUUUGAUGGACGUGUUACUGUAUGUUCUGACAUAUGGGAGGAUACUUAUCAUAAUUUACAUUAUUUGGGUCUGACUGUACAUUAUAUUGAUAAUGAUUGGCAUAUGCAUAAACGUGUUCUUGCUUUCCGUGAAUUUAAUGAUCGUCACACCGCUGAACAUAUUUAUAUUUUGAUUGAACGUAUUUUAAUUGAGUAUAAUUUAAUUGAUAAGGUGUUUGCUAUUGGUUUUGAUAAUGCUACUAAUAAUACUGCUGUUAUUCCUAGAUUGCGUGAAUUGUGUGAUUCUACUUCUUUGAUGGGUAGAUUUUUUCAUCAACGAUGUGCAUGUCAUGUUCUAAAUUUAUGUGUGCAAGAUGGUCUAAAAGCGUUGGGAGCAUCGUUGGAGGUAGUCAAGGGGGGAUUAGACGUAUUUGAGGUAAUGGACACCUUAGGAAAAAAUGGCAUGAUUAUUUGAUAAAAAGAAGUGAGAGAUAUGUGGCUUUUCCAAAAGAUUUGUCUAUUCGUUGGAAUAGUACCUAUAAGUUAAUUGGAGUUCUUCUUAGAUAUAAACAACAUUUUCCUGCUUUUAUGAAACAAUAUGAUAACUAUAUUAUAAACUCGGCUGAGAUCGACACCUGUGAAAAAAUUUGUAAUGUUUUGAUAUAUUUUAAUAAUGCAACUGAAACUUUUAGUCAUGUUUAUAAACCUACCUCAAACCAAUUUAUUCGUGAAGCUGUUAAUCUCGCCGGUGCUUUUUCAAAUUUUGAGAAUGCUGAUUAUGUGAGUUAUUUUGCUGGUUUUAUGAAAGAAAAGUUUUUAAAAUAUUAUUCACAUAUUCCGCAUAUUUAUGGUAUUGCAUUUGUUCUCGAUUCUCGUUUUAGACUUGGUUCUUUAGAAGAAUGUUUGAAUUAUUAUUAUGCUGCUUUUUUUGGUCCAUUGCCAAUGUAUGAGGACAACCCAAUUGAUCCGAAAAUAGAAUACAACGAGGUUAGUGAUAUAUUUUAUGCAUUAUUCAAUGAGUUUCAUGCACAAUAUGGCAAUGCGCCCCCUCCCCCGACACAAACAUCAUCUAAAAGAAAAUCAAUUUUCAAAUCUACGUUUGUCAAUCUUAUUAAAAAAACAAAAUCAACUCCCGCUACACAACAAAGCACAAUUAAUGAGAUUUCUUUGUAUUUAACUUAUGAUGUUGAUUUUGAAGAAGAUGAUUUUGACAUACUAAACUGGUGAAAGGGAAAAGAAAGAAUGUUCCCGGUUUUAGCAAAGAUGGCUAAGCAAGUGCUAUCAAUGCCGGUUUCAACGGUUGCUGUGGAACAUGAAUUUAGUUCGGCCGGCAAUGUUCUAACACAAACCAGAACGAGGUUGAGCGCUGAAUCUCUUGAGAUGCUUAUAUGCUACCACGAUUGGUUGAAAGCAGCACGUAGAGCUCAAGAAAUUGACAUCACUCCAUCCCAAACACUUUAUGUAUGAAUCUACAGAGGAUGGCUCUACCUAUGCCGGAGAUUCCGAUUAAAAACAAUUAUAGUUGCUAUUUAAUUUUCAAAUGUAGUUCCUAUUUCAUGUCAAAUAAAUGCACUUGAAGUUUGUUUUUUAAUACUUGUAUAAAACUAUAAAGUAUAAAAUAUAAAUGAAAAAAAAAAAUUAACCGGCCCGGCCCAGCCCGGCGGGUGGCCCGACCCGUGACCCGGGCAGGUAGCCCGGCCCGAACCGGACCCGUCCAAACCUCGGGCCGGUCCCGGGCCCAUCUGAUACGAACCGGCGGCCCGACCGGGCCCGACACGGCCCGAAUCCAUUCCUAACAAUACGUAGCAAGUAUUUUGGACAAUUUCACUUUUUGAACUAUACUUAUAUGUAAGGGGAUACGUAGUGAGUAUUCUGGACAAUUUAACUUUUUGAACUGUACUCAUAUCUAACGACUAACAAUAAGUAGCAAGUAUUUUGGACAAUUUCACCUUUUGAACUAUACUCAAAUACGUAUGUAUCAAUUCAUCCGGGUGAUUGGGUAUACCGUAUUUCAUUGUGUUGUUAGAUAUUCCACAAGUUUUGAAACAUGCAUGUUAAAAGUUUUGAAAUAAGAGAUACAUAUUUUUUAUUCGAAUUUUAAUAAUGUUAUUUAACAAAUUUUUGACUUUAGUCGCAUUACCAAAUAAAACGCAAGGAUUAUACGUCCCCAAUGUGCCCUUAUUUUCAACUUAUUAUGUUUUCAUCAGCAAAUUUUUUAACGAAUAACAUUACACUUUCUGAAUGAAUUAACUGAAUUACUAUUUACCAAUGAUUUUAACUAAAGAGUACUCCCUCCGUCCCGAAUUAAAUUGCAAAUUUUGACCGACACAAAGAUUAAAGAAUGACAAUAAAUGAUGAUUGCUUUUUACACUUUUAACCAUGUUUUUAAAAGUAGAUUUCUUUAAAUUAAUGGAGAAAGAGUAAAAAGUAAAUUUGUCAAUUUAUUCUUAUUCGGACUUGAUCAGUCUUGCAGGCUGCUUGAGAGAAGAAAUGUCAAUAUAAUUAUGGCAAUUUUUAUAAACUAGCUUCAAUUCUCUGAAUAACCGGUAGUCCAGUUUAAUGUCCUUAGGACGUCGUCCAUUUUAAAGCUUCGAAAAAUCUAAGAACUAUGUCUGUAAGACGGUAUUAGUAGACAAGUUCCGUAUCGAAAAAACUCAUCUGUGGAUCGCAUCUCAGCGGUUGUCUGGCCGCCGCUGAUUCUUGCUCAGCUUUCUCUUUAUGCACUAUGGAUCCGGCGCAGGAAAAUUUACAUUAAUGACGCCGUCACCGGUGCAUAUUCUUUUGUUUCAUUAACUGUUAUUAAUCAAUAAUCAUAAAGCAGAUUUAGAUAAAUUUCGAGAUCGAGGUUAGGGAUGAUAAAUUAUUUAACGAAAUGUUGCGAUUUGUUCGAGGCCGUAAUCAACACGCAAGUUUGAAAGGCACGGAGAAACGCGUAAUGAUUUUGCCAACCUUCAAUGCAAGAAAUCCGCCAUUGAAGAGACGCCCUUGCUCUGCAAAUUGGCUCUCAAAUACUCUAUUGUUGAAAGAAAAAAAUGAACACAUGGAAGAAAUGCAAUUAAGAAACUUAAAUUUCGAUUCAACAAUCGCGGAAAACUGUUAAGCUGCGCAGACGCACAAAAAUGUGUGG